AUGUUCUCGCUCGGUAAGCUAUCUAACAACUCUGUUCAACCGGUUUAUUUCGAUAUUAGGUUGAAAUCGCCAUACAAGAAUAUAUUACUGAUCCAUGGGACCCCGUUGGAAGCAUCACCAAUCCCGAUUUGUGGCCACUUGAUAUUAUCCAUCCCAGAGGCUGUUACGGUGAAAAAGAUCUCUUUAAAGCUGGUAGGUACUUUCAAGCUGGAAUUUCUGCAAGUAGGCCAUCACAAGAAUUCAAGUCUUGCAAGCGUGGUGAAAGAACGCAAGACUAUUUUUGAGUGUGUAUGGAACAAUCUUCUUGUUUCGCCAGAUGGGGUAAUCACCGUGGGAUCUGCGGAAGAUGGAAAUCCAGUAUCGCACAGUAGUAGCUCCCAGGCAAGCUCGAGCUCUGCAUUGUCGAGCACUUCCCUGAACAGCCUGCUGAAACCAAUGAAAAAAACGGCAUCGAGCCCGGUUCUUCACCUGCCACCUAAUGGGGUAAGUUUCACUCCUUAUGAUGGUGUGGAAACUAUUCCGGGACAAUCGUUUGUUUUGAGAGAGGGGAACUACGAGCUCCCGUUUAAGGUGUCACUUCCCCCUCACACAGCAGAGACCAUUGAAGGACUCCAGGCCGGCUCUGUGCUGUACAAGUUUGAGGCACAUGUGGAUCGAGGCAAUUUUAAGACUUCGUUCGCUAAACACAAAUAUCUACGCAUUUUCCGCACACUAUCACCAAACAACUUGGCUGUUGGGGAGGAAAUGAGCGUGGCCAAAAGCUGGCCUGACAGACUUCAAUACGAAAUUUCUAUUCCUAGUCGCGCUAUCCCAAUUGGUGGCGUAACGCCUGUUACAAUAAACUUAUACCCUUUUCAAAAGGGCUAUCGACUUCUCAAGAUAGACGCAAAUUUGAUUCAAUACUAUGCAUUCAAAGAUGAGAAUGGGCAACUAUAUGAUGAUGAGAACGUUGUGAUGCACCAAGGGAUGACCAAAUUCCAUGAUUUGAGCGGUUGUGAUCCCUCAAGAGAUAACCUCAUCACGGAUAAAAUCGAGCUGGAAUCUUCUCUCAGCUUCCCCAAGAGCUUGAAGCAAGUGACGCAGGAUUGUGAUAUUGGAGUUGAUUCCAUAAGAGUUCGUCAUAAAUUGAGCAUAAAGAUUUGUUUGAAAAGAAAAGUGGGCGACGAGGACAAAACUACAGAAAUCAAGGCAAAUAUUCCGAUUUUUUUGUAUGUGUCACCACAUGUUUCCAUGGAAGGACGCCUGGUGUUGCUGGACAAUGCAGGCACAAUUCAUUUCCGCCCUGGAGAAGGAGUGCGUAUUUUUGAAAGACAGAAUCCCGCUGGGCAUUCUCAAAAUUCUGUCCCGUUGAACAACUUGCAGCGGUUAGAAGAUGGAUCGCUAGCCGUAAAUUACUUCCCUCUGGAAGAUGUCGAAGCUCCUCCCACUUACUCUAAUCACAUGUAUGAUCAGUUGUACGAUGGAGCGGAAAGCUCUGCUUGUCACACUCCGGAACUCACGCGAAGCAGGACAACAAGUCCAGUUCAAAACCGCCCCUUACUAAGAGCUACAACUGAGAGCAGUCUUUUGCUUGACAAUCUCACAAGAUCGGCUCAGGAUCUUUCACUUGAAGAGCUCAACAAGGUCCCCGACUACGAACAGGUAGGAGAAGAUGCAGAAGACGAACCAGCCUUACCUUUUCUAGAACUGACACCCUCUUAUGAAAACACUGAUGGAGCCCCGCACUUUGGGAAUGCGCCUGGUGAACCUAUAAGCGUCGCAGCUCACAGGCCAGGUCAUGUUUUCCAUGGCGGGUUGGCAAACUUUAUGCAUAGUAGGUCCCGAAAUCAAGAUCACGAUUACUUGGCUAUAUCAUCUUCUACCAGGCGAGCAGCGAGAGCUGGUCGUAGUGGUAGCUCGACGCCUUGA